AUGAGUGCCUACGGUGCAGGAAAAGCUAAAGACACAGAUUUCAGACGUACAUGGAACAAGGAGGAAUACGCAGCCAAAGCCAAAGCAAGAGAAAACCGCGAUCGUUUAGCUGAAAAGAACGAUGAACGAAAGAAACUCGGUCUUCCACCAUUGAAACCAAAAAGACGCUACGACGAUGACGAUGAAUCCAAAGAAGCGCUAAAAGCGCGUGAAGAGAAGGUUGAUAUCGAGUCCAAUGUGGGUAAAGUGCAAGUGGUUCAAGCUGCAGAUUCAAGAAAGCAGCCUGGUUUUUACUGUAAGGCGUGUGAUAUUACCAUCAAGGACAGUGUUACCUGGAUUGAUCAUUUGAAUGGUAGAAAACAUUUGAACAAUGUGGGUGUGUCGAGCAAGGUAGAGAAGGCUGAUCUGAAUUCGGUCAAGGAGCGUUUGGCCAUGUUAAAGCGAAAGAAAGAAAACCCGCAAAGUGAAGAAUACAAUUUGGAUGAAAGAUUAGCGGCAGUAAAGCAACAAGAGGAAGAGGAGAGACAAAGGAAACGAGAAAAGAAAAAGCAAAAGAAGGACCAUAAAAAGAAGCCUGCAGAAAAGGACGAUGGGGAAGACGAAAUGGCGAAGAUGAUGGGAUUUUCUGGCUUUGGAUCAUCCAAAGCAUAG